AUGUUGCCUGAAAUAACGUGUAAAAUAAAACGAUGUGGGGUAGAGCUUAAAUAUUUUACACAAACAACGGAUUAUGAAGAUUUAUAUGAAGCAUUGGAUUUAUUUGACUUGAAAUUUAAUAUUGUAAUGAACGAAUUGUUGAAAAACGUACCCGUUUUAGUGGCUGACUGUCCAGAUGAUGAAGCAAGUGAUGAUAGUACUGCUGAAGAUUUUAAAGAACAAGUUAGUUGUAAGAAGAUGAAAAAAUAA